UCCAAUGCAGCAUGGAGAUUGCAAGUCACGGCAAUGAUCCUUCUGCCUGGAUUCAUUUGGGACUGGUGCCGCCUCUCUCCCCAGAAGCGAUGUAUGUUCUUCACAUGGCGACCUCUUUGCGUGCUUGGAAUCAGUGCUCUUGCAAUAGCCUUGCACUUCGGCCUAUGGGUAUAGAAUUGUAUUGCUUAGAUCGAGAAGGGGGUUCACGCUUACAAUUCGAUAUCCAGGUAUGGUCACUGGAUCACACAUCCCUUCCACAUAGCCUCCUCUUUGUUUCGAUGCCUCCGCUCAUCAUCGCUGUUCUAUCCUGGCUGCGCUGUAAGCCCCUGAGCAAAGGAGAGAACGCCGGGGUGUUCUUGGGUUUUGCUGGGGUUUUGAUCAUCGCAUUUGCUAGCAAGUCCGAUGGUGACAAAGGCAUCACUUUCCUGGGGGAUUUGAUGGCUUUCCUGGCGGCUGUUGCGUUUGUAGGCUACAUGUUUGCUGGGAACAAUCUCAGAAGUUGGAUGCCGCUCUAUCUCUAUGCCUUCCCUGUAACGGCUGGAGGAGCUCUCAUUCUGGGCAUCGCUUGUGAGUUUAUGGAGAACUACCAUUCCAGAUCGUGGAAGAUUGGUGGACCUUUUGCAUGGACGAGGCGAGGUUUCUGGGCUCCAACGCUUUUUUUGGCAAUCGGCCCUGGUCUAAUCGGUCACACGGGUUUGAACUAUGUUGUCAAGUACACAGGGCCUUUGAUUAUUUCCAUGGCUGUCACGCUGGAACCUGUGAUUGGAUCUCUCAUCGGCUGGGGGAUUCACGUCUCCUCAGCACCCGGUGUGUUUACUUGCGUUGGAGGAGCGCUUCUGAUAUUUGGGACUCUGGUGGUGAAUUACGCCAAUGGAAGAGCUACUAAGAAGAAGUUAGAAGCAGAACAAGCCAGACAGCAGCAAGAACUGCCUCAAAACGACUCUAGUAUUGACGCAGGUCCAGCUCCAGCUUCACAACAUCAAUCUCACCAAGCUCCACAACAUGAACAGGAGCUUGCAAAUGUCUAAACAGUCUAUAACAUUCACCGAAUUAACUGACAGAACUUCGUCUCAAAUAGCUGCUUUAAUCAACAUCUGAAUUUUCACCAGGAACUUCCAUUCAUAAGAAAGAUCAUGCCACACCGGCUUGUUCUCUAGACAAAUUUGUAGUUAUAAGCAAUCCCUUUCUCCUCCAAAGU